AUGGAAAAUGUUAACAUUCUCAGUCAAAUGAAACAAUAUGAUUUUAACUCACCAAUUAACGUAACUAUGAUGUUUGAAGAGUGCGAGGAUGAAGCCCUGUUUCAAAACGUUUUAAGAGAAAUAAAAGAAAAUGAUGCUAUUAAACAAGAUAAGACUGAAAAACCAACUAGCAAUACUAAAGUGCAAACAUCAAUUGAAAAUUUGCAUAAAAAUUAUACAAGGGCAAAACAGGUCUCACUUCAGAAUAUGGACAAUAAACUGCCUGAAAAUUCGAGUCCUAUCCAUGAAGACAGUUAUACAAGCAAAACUCUUAAAGUUAAUCAAAGCCUUUUAAUACAAAAAAACUGCAGUUCCAAGACAACAGAAAACAUGAAAAACAGUAUGUAUGAAAAAUGUCAAAGCGAUAAUAAUAAAGAAACAACAGACAGAAACAUUAAAACAUUGUUGGACAUAGUAUCAGAAAAUUUGAUAUUGGUUAUGAGACUUUACUAUAAUUACUAUUACGAUAAUUGUAAAAAAGAUCCACCAACGGCCGCUAAUUUAUCAAAGCAAUUCGAUAAAUGUAAGGCACAUUUCUUUGAUUUAUCAUACAGUACAGUAGUGUCUUUAAUAUUGCCAGAAGAAAACAAUAAAAAAUUUGUUGAGAAUUUUUUGAAUAAAACGGUAGCAGAUGCCAGUAAAGUAUUGCAAGGUAAAUGUGAAAGAAAACAUGUGGAACCAUUUUACAACGAAAUGAUUGAAUGGGUAAAAAAGAAAAGAGAAUAUAUAAAAACAUUCGGAUUAAAGUUUGCUAGUAAAGAAAAGAAUUGUGAGAAAAGGAAAAAUGAAAAUAAAACAUUAAAAGCGCUACUAGCUGAUUCACCACCAGCAUUUAGCCAGCCAAAUACAACAAAUAUUUCUGAACAAUUAGAAAUCUCAGCAAGUCUAACUGCACCUAUCCUUGUUUCUGAUAUUAUUGGCAGAGAUAUGACCCCAGAAAAUAGUAUAUGUAUUUUUUCGGCCGGAGAUAGAGAAAGAGAAAUAAGUAUAAAUAUAAACCCUAAUCUUUUACAGAAUCAGAUUAAUUACCAGGGCUUAAAAGACACACAAUUAAAUAUUAAGAGUAAUUCAACAAACUCUCUACUUAAUCCAAGACAAACACAUUACAAUCAACGCGUUAAUCAAGUACAACGCAAUGAUUAUCAUCAAAUGAAUACCUUUUAUCACAAUACCGUUCGAACACAACCACAGCCAUAUUAUCCUAAUCACCAUCAUUAUACUACCUCAAAUGUCAGUGUACCGAACUUCCAGAAUAUUUCACCUGGCACACAUAAUUACCAGACACAACUAAAUAGUAACUCAUUUACAUCAUCAGUAUGUAAUAACGCUGAAUCAGGACAAAUGUACUACAGACAAUGCGACGAAAAUUUAGCUACACCUAUAAUAACAAAUGUCACAUCGUUGAAUCCUCAUAGUCGGAUGACAUAUUCAGCGAUUGGUCGUUGUUGUGUAUGUGGCAAAAAUACUAACACGAGAUGUCAAAAAUGCAAUGACUACUCGUACUGCAGUACUCUGUGUCAGGAACUAGAUGUAAGCAACCACAAAAGGAAAUGCAAGAAGUAG